AACAGACUAUUCUCCUUCGGCUGCUCUUUUUUUUUUUUUCUUCAACCGUUUCAUCUUUUCAUCAUCUGAAUCAAUCAUUUCGUCUCUUUCUCCAGGAGGAGGAUUGAUUUUUGGUCAUAUAAAGUUCGAGUUGAUAGUGACCUUUGAUAAAAGGCCAUUUAAAAAGAUAGUGUUAAAUUCAGGUGACACUUAUUUUUUGGAAGCAUCAUGGCCCCUAAUCCAAGAGUUAGUAAGGCCUUUAACUUUAUGAAGGCCUUAGGAAUUUCUAGUGUGAAGGUAAAGCCAGUGUUGAUAAAGCUGUUAAAAGUUUAUGAAGGAAACUGGGAACUUAUUGAAGAUGACAAUUAUCGGACACUUGUAGAUGCAUACUUCGAUGUUGAGAAAGAAAAGGUAGCUGAAAGUGAGAAAAAAGGUAAUGACAGUUGUUAUGGUGGAGAGAAACCAAUUCAGGAACCUAUCCUGAUAGAUGAUGAUGACAAGGAUUUAUCAAGUCAAAUGUUACGUGAAGAAGAUAAUAAAAUAUCACCAAAGUCUUUUGAGCAGAAUAGCAUUGAGCCAUCUCAAACGUUCAUGGAAGAUAUUAUGGCCAAAACCAGUUCACAAGCAUCACAUACAAGUACGUCGAGUGAGGUAGAAAAGAUUUCAACUUUACCUCACGUGGCAGCUAAAGAUAGAAAAUCAUAUCCUCACGAGAAAGCAUCGUCUGCUGGGCAUUCUGGUCAUUUCGAGAAAGAGAUUGUGAAGCCAAGAAAUAAGAAACCCAAGUUACAACUUACUUCGACGAAUCGUAAAGGUUUAUCUGAUGCGUCCGAAGGAAGUCAUUUUGUUAAACCUUUGUCAAUUCAGGAUCAGGAUUUUCAAAGUAAACAUGAUAUAUCAGCAUGCAACAAUGAUACUACCGCUUAUAAUGGAAACAUUAAGAUUGGUUCUUCGAGUCUGGGAGAAGUAAAAAUACUUUUAGAUUGUGACUCUGCCUUGGGACAACCAAACUUUAGUAUUCCUAAUUUGGAUUUUGUAAUGAAGUUCAUGGACAGGAAGUACCUCAGCUCUUGCAACACUGUUGGAUCCCAUUUUUCUAUGCCAAAGCUAUUAGAUGAUUUUUGCAGUAGUUAUCUCAAGUUGGGACAUCGAAAGGGAUCAAAUUCCAAACAUGGCAAUUCACAGCAAUGUGAUAAUCAAGGUGAAAGGAAUUCCAGUCAUUUUAUCAGUGACAUAACAAAAGGUUCAGAAAAGGUGAAAAUAUCAUUAAUUGGUGAAAUUGGCAAGGAGGACUUGCCAAAGUUUAAUUACAUACCAUAUAAUAUAAUAUAUCAAAGUGCUAUUGUAAGCAUUUCUUUGGCUAGGAUUUCGGAUGAGGGUUGCUGUUCUGAUUGUUCAGGCAACUGUCUUUCCGCAUCAUUGCCUUGUAUAUGUGCUCAGGAAACUGGUGGAGAGUUUGCUUACACUCCGCAAGGUUUGUUGAAACAAGAAUUUCUAACAGCUUGUAUGUCUAUGAAGAAUGAACCUCAAGAUCAUCAUUAUGUGUACUGUCAAGAGUGCCCUUUGGAGAAGUCCAAGAAUGAGUACAUGCCUGAACGCUGCAAGGGGCAUAUGGUUAGGAAAUUUAUUAAGGAAUGCUGGAGGAAAUGUGGAUGUGACAUGCAAUGCGGAAAUCGAUUAGUGCAACGAGGUAUAACAUGCAAAUUGCAGGUGUUCUUAACUCGUGAAGGUAAAGGCUGGGGCCUUAGAACGUUAGAAGAUUUACCAAAGGGAACUUUCGUAUGUGAAUAUGUUGGAGAAAUAUUAACCAAUAUGGAGUUAUACGAUAGGAUUAUGGGGAAUGUUGGCAAAGAAAGACAUACAUAUCCUGUAACUCUUGAUGCGGACUGGGGCUCAGAAAAGGGGUUAAAGGAUGAAGAGGCACUAUGUUUAGAUGCAACAAUUAAUGGUAACGUUGGAAGGUUCAUCAAUCAUAGAUGCCAUGAUGCAAAUCUCAUAGACAUUCCUGUUGAAAUAGAGAGUCCAGAUCAUCAUUAUUACCACCUUGCGUUCUUUACCAACAGGAAAGUGAGUGCAUAUGAGGAGUUGACAUGGGAUUAUGGUAUUGAUUUUGAUGACCACGAUCAUCCUAUUAAAGCAUUUCGGUGUUCUUGUGGAAGCGUUUUCUGCUGUGAUAAGAAACAAAAAGGAAAAGGAAAAAUUUAAAAUCUAGUUCCUGUAACAAGAAGAACGUCUGAUCUUAAACGAUUGAAGUGAAGCCAUCUUGCGUUCCGUAUAGAAGGUGGGAAUCAAAUAAAUUUCUCGAGGCAUUCAUGUUCUCUUUUCAUUAUGGCUCCAUACUGCACUCUAGUUUCAGCUCCGAUCGAUCUGUUCAUACAUUGAAGCAUAGUGUUACUGCAAAUUAUCAACUAUAUAUAAUCAGAUGAUAGUCCUGACUUUCUCUCCAAUGACGCAAUUUUUGACAUUUUUGAUCUGAUUGAUGCCGUUGUUUAUCUUCCGGGAAAGGAACUACAAUGCUGAAAUUGGAAGUGGGGGUAGUUUAGAC